AUGCAAUUAUACGGGCUCAUUUUUAUUGAAGGAGAUUGUCCAAAGUCUGUUCCUUUGCAAAAUGUUUCUGUUGAAGCGAACAUCGUUGAUAUGAUAGCAGAAACAAUGGUUUGUCAGACAUAUAAAAAUGUUGAAAAGGAUGCGAUUGAAGCCAUUUAUAAAUUCCCACUUCAUGAAGCUGCAGCAGUAUGUGCAUUUGAAGCUGAAAUUGAUGGAAAGAAAAAAGUUAAAGGAACAGUCAAAGAAGCAAAACAGGCAGCGCAGGAAUAUGAUGCGGCUAUUCAGCAAGGUCAUGGAGCUUAUCUCCUCGAAAAACAACAAUCGGAUAUUUUCCAAUGCUCCGUUGGCAAUAUCACUGCUGGUCAAACGAUUGUUAUUAAAAUCACAUACGUAACCGAACUAAAACAUGAUGCUGAAUCUGAAAAAGUUCGAUUUGUUUUUCCUACUGCCAUUGCUCCACGAUACGGUUCAUCUGGUUAUUCUCCCGCAAAUGAUGGGAAAAAACUUAUUCCUGAUGAAGUAUCUUAUUCAGGAAAGACUGACUAUUAUUUAGAUCUUAAUAUAACAUGUAGAAUGACUUCUGUAAUUCAAAGCAUUGAAUCACCAUCUCAUCAUAUUUCAACUGAAUUAAAUAUUGAUGGUAAUCCGAAUGUUUCAAAAAUUACUUUAGCCGAGCAUAUUACUUAUUUAGAAAAAGAUUUUAUACUUGUAAUUAAAAGUCUUGGUCUUGACCAGCCAAGGGCCUUCAUUGAAUAUGACCCUAAGACAGAAACUAAUUGCGUUAUGCUAACUUUA